AUGGGCUCAGACUCUAACUGGAUCCGGUGGGAUCCAGAACCCCGUUCGGACCCCGCUCCAGAUCCAGAACCCGGGGACCUGAUCGAGGUCUACAGAGGAGCCUAUAACCACUGGGCGGUCUACAUUGGAGACGGCGACGUGGUCCACCUGGUGGUGCCCGAUGGGGGCGGCGGCGGGUCCAGCGGGUCCAGCGGGUCCAGCGGGUCUCUGCUGGGCUUCCUGCCUGGGCUUGGGGGGACCAAGGGCCUGGUGAGGAGGGAGAGCCUGCGGGACGUGGCGGGAACAGACCCCUGGCUGGUGAAUAACGCCAUGGACCGGGACGAGGAGCCCUACCCCCCCAAACAGAUUGUGAAGCGGGCCCUUAAGCGGGUGGGGGACCGGGUCCGGUACCACCUGGUCAAGUUCAACUGUGAGCACUUUGCCAAGGAGCUGCGCUACGGGGUGGCCGAGUCCAGCCAGGUGGGUCCCAGCAGACCGGGGCUCCGCUUCUGGGUCAGGGUCCAGAUCAGGGUCCAGAUCACCUUCAGGAAACCAGAGGGCCGCUCUGGUUCUGGAUCAGGGUCCAGAUCAGCUCCAGUGAAGGAGGUGGAGAAGGGAAACGUGCUCAACGCGCUGGCAGAAGUCCAGGCCAGAGCCCUGACGCGGCCCUUUAUGCGGAUUUUCAGGAACUAA